AUUCCAUAAAAUACAGGUCAAUACAUAAAGAUAAAUUAAUAUAUAUAUUUUUUUAUCUGUUUAUAUAUAAACCCACCCUAUUCUGUAAUUUCCUAUUCACCCUUCCAAGGAAAACCACAUUUCCCCUGGGCUUGGCUGACUCUCCAUUCUCCAAGGAUGAGUUUUGACAUCCCCUUUCCCUCUUUCUCCACAGAAUUCCCAGCACCAGGAGCUGUGGAGGUGAAGGCUGAGGGGCAGAGCAGGUUCCUGGUUCGGUGGCAGCGGCCCCGGCACAGCCGGAGCCCCCUGCUCUGCUUUGUGCUGGAGUGGGAUUCCAGCUCCCAGCACGGCCAGAACCAGCUGCUCCUCUGGGAAAAAAUCCCACAGCACCAAACACACACCUACAUCCCAGCGGCAGGAGCUCCCCUGCGCGUGCGGCUCUACGCGGUGUAUCCCGACGGGAUCAGCAAAGCCAGCUCCAGCCCAGUCCCUGCGGAGGAGCCGCUCCUGGGCAGCGCUCACGGCGAGAUGUCCCACGAUGACAUUAGGGUUUUCCUGGGACUGAGCCUCAGCGUGCUGGGAUUGUCGGUUCUUUUCGCAAUUCUGAUGUUCAAAAAAUCAGUCAGGAAAAGGACUAAGGCCACCCUUGUGUCCCUCUUGCCGAGGUGGCUCUUUGAAGACUUUCCCCGCAUGGAGAACAGCAAAGUGGUGAAGUCACUCCAGGACCAGGGCGAUUUCCCCAGCGAGAGCCCCCGGGAGCCGUUCCCGGCCUGCGGUGACCCCGCGGUCACGGAGCUCCAGGAGGUGCCGGCGCAGGAGCGGAGCGAGAGCCUGGACACGGAGGAGCACGGGGAGCUGCCCAGGAGCGUGGUGGUGACCCCCAGCAGCACAAGCCCAGAGCAGCUCGGAGCCUACAAACCCCAGCUCUCCAUCGGGACCACGCCGGGAUACGUCGCGGCCGGGAUUCACCCGCAGCCGCGGCCAGCGGAGAUGGGAAUCUUCUCCCAGGACUACAGCAACCCUGUCCCCCAGCUGUGGCAGCAGCAGGGGGGACCAGCCCAGCUGUGCCUGCUGGAGAAGAUCCACCUGGUCCUGAACAGCAGCCAGGCGUUCCCAGAGCCGGCGGGAUGCGGAUCCUUCCCGGAGAAGCGCUGGGAGCAGAGGCCGCCCAGCGAUGUCCCGGAGCAGAUGCUGGUCCCCGAGGAGCUGCUGUCCUGCCUCAGAGCUGUCAACAGGGAGCCUGUGGAUGGAAAUCCCUGCUUCCCACAGAGCGUGGGAGGGCUGUUCGGAGAGAGGCUGGAACUGGGAUAAAGCCCUGGAGCACCGGGAUUGCCAGUGGAAGAAGCAGAGCAAAGCUCCGGGUUGGAAUUCUGCCCUCUGAACUGCUGCAGGCUCUUGGGGCUGCCUGGGGAUCUUGGGCCAGCAAAGCCCAGUUUUAACCUCACCUCAACUGGCAGAAGCAAAGAACCCACCAAGCUUGGAUUCCUGGAAUGCUGAGCAGGAGAUUCCUGCAGGGUGCAAUAUCUUCAGUUACUGCUCAACAUCGUCCUCUCCUCAAAGCUUUGGAGCAUUUCAUUCCCAAAGGUUUGGAGCAUUUCAUUCCCAAAGCUUUGGAGCAUUUCAUUCCCAAAGGUUUAGAACAUUUCAUUCCCAAAGGUUUAGAACAUUUCAUUCCCAAAGGUUUGGAGCAUUUCAUUCCCAAAGGUUUGGAGCAUUUCAUUCCCGAAGAUUUGAACCAUUUAAUUCCCAAAUGUUUGGAGCAUUUCAUUCCUGAAGAUUCGAAGCAUUUAAUUCCCAAAGGUUUGGAGCAUUUCAGUCCCAAAGGUUUGGAGCAUUUCAUUCCUGAAGAUUUGGAGCAUUUCAUUCCCAAAGCUUUGGAGCAUUUCAAUCCCAAAGGUUUGGAGCAUUUCAAUCCCAAAUGUUUGGAGCAUUUCAUUCCUGGAGCUAAUUGCAGUUAAAACAGAUAAAAAAAUCCCUCAGACAUCCUGGCAGAGAUGUGGAAAAUAUUUUGGGAUUGCUCCUGAGGAGCAGACACAGCACCAAGGAGGAUUACUGUACCAAUUUCUGUCUCACACAGGUGAACGUGGAACCUUUUCUGUCCUUUAUUUUCCUCCCAUUCCCAAUAAAAACCUGCCAGGCUGAUUUAAAAUCCC